GAGACACUGUAGUCUGACCGGGGCAUCCUCCAUCUUCCAUCCAGAUCAGGCUCCAGCAGCUGAGAGCGCAGACUUCGAGAUCCUAGACCCAGACCCCGGCUCCCACAGCUCAGCCCAGCCGGCGGCAGCAGCGACAGAAGGAGGAGAGGCCGCCGCGCUGACCCGGACCCGCUCCCGAGGCCUCACUUAGCCACAGCGGCUCCGGGAGUCAGAGUGAGCCGAGGCGAGCGGCCCUACCCCCGGCCUCAGACUGAGCCUCUGUUUCCCCCGCCUCCGUGAUGUUAGUUGAGAGAGGAUUGUUAUCUGGACACCGAGUGAACUCCUUCAAUGCUACUAUGGGCUCUUUAAUGAUCAGCUGAAUUGAUGGUGCCGGCAAGAACAAGAAAUUGGUAAUACUAGAGGGAAUUUGACAUUGAAAAUAUGGAAGUCAAACAUAAAGACUAUACAUUUUCAAAAGAAAGCCAUUCCAAUUCAGUGUUUCACUUAACACGCGAACACCUUGAACUGCUGGUGAUUUGGUCCCAUUGUCAUGGUAACCAGUGUACAUUUACCCCAACUUGGAGGGAGAUUGUUGAAGAAGACCAAAAUGGAAUCCUGGCUAUUCUAUGGGAGUGUGAAGCUGGUCACUCCUACCAUUGGUGGACUGGAGGCAUUUGUCAAUUACCAUGUGAUCAAGAUAAAUCCAGAGGCCUGCUGCCUUCAAAAUCCAAGCAGUUGGAAGACGUAUUAGCAUCAGCUGUACAAAUAAGAAAACCACAUAGAAUUAAGACUAAUGAUGGUGAUUUAACUAAAGAAACUGAUUCAUUUGAUGGCCCUUGUAAGCCUUUUCUGUCUUCUGACAAAGCAGUCCGAAAUGGAGCAUCAGUUUCACAAAUUCCUUCAACACACCAUUCAUGGAGAGAAUCGAUGUUUGGAGGUGACAGAGGGAAAUUGGGUGUCAGUGGUACAAUGGGUGAAGCACAAGCUGGUAAGAAACCAGAUAUUCUGCACAUAAAAACUGAAAAAGAAGAAACCUCAGACUUUAGUGAUCAAUGUGUAAUGAAAGAUGAAAAUAGAGGUCAAAAUCGAGAAUUGAAAAAAUAUCAUUUGGGUAAGAGUUCCUUGGCUGCAGGACAAUCAGCUGGACACAAUAUAUCUUCAGCUGACACUUGUGUAUCAAAUGGCUACAGAAAACGGUCAUCAUCCGUCCCAGAUGAUCAAAUCUCUGGUUCAUCAAUAAUGUCUCACUGUAAUAAUGGCAAAGUUCACAUUGCAGAACUACACCACUCCCCCCAUCCUAUGUCCAGAGGAUCUUGUUUAACUGGAAGCUUAGUGGAAAACACCAUGAAACCAUCAGAUGUGUCAGCUGGAGAGUACUGCAUUGGGUCGGCCAACCUGGCAAAUCACGAACGAAGUGGAUCAAAUCUAGGGCCGCUUUUAGAUUCUGACUAUAUUAGGCCUUUAACCCAUAAUCGUGUAAAUUCUGAUGUUGGCAAUCCUGAAUUACAGUGUGACCCUCCAGAACCAUCUAGGCAGGAGGGAGUUUUAGAGUUCUUGCACACUAUUUUGAAAGCUGAUGUAGUGGAUGAGGUCUUCUCUAAUGUUCGUUUAGCAAAUGAAACUGAUGUUGAAGUCUUGACAGAGAAUCUUAGUGGAAAAGAAGAUUUGCUGCUGGAUGCUGGAAUCCAAACAAAUGCAAGGUUAUAUUUCAGUGCUGGUGGAUGGGCAGCAGUUUCGGCAACACUUGAAGUAUUAGGAACAGCGCUGGAAAGGAGCAAAGGUGACCAAGAUAUGGAAGACAGAAUAACAGAAGUUUCAGAUUCAGGACCAGAGUUAAUGAUCGUGAAUCCAUAUCCAUCUUGUAAUAUGCUUAAUGCUGCAGCAAUGGAUGAAGAACAAAUUGUUGUUGCCCAUGUUCCUGCUUUGCUCCCCUCGGCAGAUGAUAAAAAGAGAAAAGUUAAAUAUCCUGUAACUAAGGGGGAGAUUCGGAGACGUAUUAUCCCUCCUGAAAAAAUGUCUAAAACAGUCAUUAAAAGCUACCUGAGGCUAAGAAGGGAUAACCGCUUUGACAUUCGUCAGCUUCUAGAUCUGCCUGUAACUGGUUAUGACCGGACUCUGCACACGUCAUUUACUCGACUCUGUGAGGGUGAGGCAAAAACACUGACUGAAAAUUUUCAUCAGCUGAACCUUGGUUACUUUCCUGUCGAUGAAUGUGCCAGCACGAUUGCAGAGCAUGCAGCAGCAUCAGAAAUAUAUGCAGCAAGAAAGGUGAUUGAAGAUCUUGACACAAUCAUGGAUAGUUUUAUGUGGCAGGAACAUCCAUAUAAUUUAAUCACACAUGGAUUUGGUCCUCAGAACAUCAAAGUAGUUUUGGACUUGGUAAAACUACUUCUGCGAGAAUCACUACGAAAAACUUCAUCCUGAUGCAAACUAGAUCACUGGAAUUUGUAGGUUUUUUUUUAAAAUCAGACAUGUAAUAGUGGAAAUCAUUGUUUUUAGUUUGUUUACUGUAUUAAAUUUAUGUGUUACUAGCUUUAUAAGAAUACUUGCAGAAACGUUUUAUAAUGUGACUAAUAUACAGUAGCCUCUCUCUAUAAUAGUCUGUGGGACCUUUAUGUACAAAUUGGCCUAUAGUUGGGAAACAGAAGACAUCUCAUGAGUUUUAUGUUAGAAGAUUAGGAAGGAUUAUGUAUAUAUUAGAGUUGUAGUGAGUGGCUACUGUACUUCAAAAUAAAAUGUACAUUUCAAGAAAAUGAUAGUGGUGUAAAAUGUGAAAUGUUUACAUGAAUCAAAUGAAUUAUAUGCUGUUAAAUGACAACUUAAAAGAAAAUAUAUACACAUUUGUUUAAUUUA